AUGAAGGGCCAACAGUUUCUGGAGCCGAGAUACACCGGCAAAUUAGCGGCCCACACAACAGUCAGCGCGGAGAAGCAGGAAAGACCAGACUGCUCCACCACUCACAGCCUGCACAGAUUGCGGAGAAAGCCACGUCCCGAUGCUUGUCCCUCUGUGAUGUGCUCAGUCUGCACCGAGCUCGAGUCUGAGUUCUGGCAUGUGGGAUUUCCAUGGACUGGCGGAAGUGAUGAGCGAAUGGAAUGGGUAGCAGCAGAUAUGCAGGGCUGGAGACAAGAUAUGGAGGACGAGCACAUUGCAAGCUCCAACGUUGGGGAAGAGUUUGCUGGUUGUGGAGUUUAUUGCGUCUUCGAUGGCCACGGUGGCAAGGCCGUCUCCAAGUUUUGCAAGCAGCAAUUCAUGCCUGAGCUCAUCCAAACUACGGCAACGAUGGGUCGCUCGAAGUUCGGCAAGAACAAGAACAAGAAGCGUCAUUGCGGCGCCCAUUUGGAAGCCUCAGAUUUGGAGGAGAUCCUCAAGGCCUCCUACCACCGGAUGGAUGACCUGCUGCGCGAGCCAUCCAACGCAAAGGUGCUGGCACGCUUCAUGGGGAAAGUGCCCACCGGUGCUAUCCAGGACUUGGAGAAGCAGUUGGCGGGGAUGCACCAGCGCUCUCAGAAGGGUGGCUUGAGCGACGCAGAGCAAAGCGAGAUGAAGGAGUCCUUCAUCAAGUUGCAGAAGUUAAAGGCGGCAGAGAAGGGCGACGAGUUUUGUGCCGACACUGUCGGUUGCACGGCCGUGUGCGUUCUUGUGCGCAAGCAGGAUGUCAUCACUGCCAAUGCUGGGGACAGCCGCGCAGUCAUGUGCCGAGCUGGGACGGCCGUUGAGCUGUCAUACGACCACAAGCCUGCUUCUCAGACUGAGAAGAGCCGGAUCGAAGCAGCCGGAGGCACCAUUGAGGACAAUGGAGGCGUUCCUCGCGUCAACGGAAACUUGAACCUCAGCCGCGCCAUCGGCGAUUUGGAGUACAAGAAGCGAACGGACUUGCCUCCACAGGAGCAAGUGAUUUGCUCGACUCCGGAUGUGGUGAUCCGCGAGCUGACUCCCGAAGAUGAGUUCAUUGUUCUGGCAUGUGAUGGCAUCUGGGAUGUCAUGUCCAACCAGGACAUUUGCGACUUUGUGCGGCCGCGUCUAGAAAAGGGCUUGGACUUGAAGCUCAUCUCAGAGGAGCUUCUGGAGCACUGCUGCACCGAGGACCCAAGCCAGACGCAGGGCCUGGGAACCGACAACAUGACGGUGGUGAUUGUGAAGCUGAAGGAGUCGUCGACAUGGACGGGCUCCUGA